GCAACAGAAUACUGAUCGGUGUGUGUCAUAAUCAGCAUUUUAGGAAGCACAGGCAGUCUGGUUAGUUUUGAGCAAACAGAGGGGGUUAAACAAUGAUGGGUAUCUAGAGUAAAAUAUCGUUGUUCAUUUAUACUUUAUUGUAGCACUUUUUUCUGAUUUUAGGAAAAUAUUUUAAUUUAAAAACAAAAUAAAAAUGCUAUUUAAAACUGGUAGGCAUGGAGGUAAUUUCGCCUUUGCCCUGCUGGUUACCUUUUUGUUGUCGGCCGGAGUCGGCGGUAUUCAGGAAGAGCAAAAACCACAAGAAGAGCAGCCUCAGCAUCCGCAACAAGAGCAGAAGUUGCCUACCCAGCUUCUUAUAGGUCCUGCAGUGGGUGAGGAUGCUGCCACCAAAGGCAACCUGGGGUUUAUUCAUGCCUUUGUGGCUGCAAUAUCUGUUAUCAUCGUCUCUGAGCUGGGUGAUAAGACCUUCUUUAUUGCAGCUAUCAUGGCCAUGCGCUACAAUCGUUUGACUGUGCUGGCAGGAGCAAUGCUUGCACUAGGGGUGAUGACUUGUUUAUCAGUUCUGUUUGGGUAUGCCACCACUAUCAUCCCCAGAAUAUAUACCUACUAUGUGUCGACAGCAUUGUUUGCCAUCUUUGGUAUCCGGAUGCUUCGAGAGGGGUUUAAAAUGAGUCCUGAUGAAGGACAGGAAGAGCUGGAGGAAGUUCAAGCAGAAAUUAAGAAAAAAGAUGAAGAACUCCAGAGAUCCAAGUUGGUGAACAGCAGCCCAGAUGUUGAAGCUGGUGCAGGAAGCAAGAUGCCACAGAAGAGCUGGCACAGUAUCAUUUCUCCAAUCUUUGUUCAGGCAUUUACACUCACAUUCCUUGCAGAAUGGGGAGACCGGUCUCAGCUAACAACAAUUGUCCUGGCAGCAAGGGAGGAUCCAUUUGGAGUGGCAGUUGGUGGAACACUUGGACAUUGCUUAUGUACAGGACUUGCAGUGAUUGGAGGAAGAAUGAUAGCACAGAAAAUAUCUGUCAGGACUGUUACAAUUAUAGGUGGCAUUGUGUUCUUGGCAUUUGCAUUCUCUGCACUUUUCAUCAAACCAGAUGCUGGUUUUUAAUCUUAAAGUUUCAUCCCCAAUGUCUUGGGAGAAUACAGAAGACAUUUAGAUAAUUUGUCUUGUAUAUAGGUACAAUGGUUCUACUCCAGAAACAGCAGGCAAUACAUCCUGUCAAAGGUCUGACUGUUUAGUACAGUUAUAGUUUCAAUGUGUUUUUUUGUGAGUUUGCAACCCAUUCACUAAUAGAGGAUUUUUUUUGUAUCUAAUUACUUUAGCCAUCUGAAAAAAGUAGCAAAAUAAAUUUAGCCACCAACACUUUUUUAAAGUCUUAAACCCUGAAUACAAUAUAAUUAGGGCUUCUGUUUUUUGAGUUUUAUUAAUUGUAUUUUUCGGUGCUUAUUUUUAGCUGUUUUCAAGUUGUAUGUAAAUCUGUUGUUUUCGGUUGCUUUCAUUUGUGAUAUACCUUAUGAAAUGAACAUUUUUUGUGUCAAAAUAUGUAUAGUAACUCGACAGUACUGGCACACUUUAGUUGUACCUUCUUUCCUUUGCUGUCUUCCACAACGAAAUCCCUGUGGUCACGGGCACAUUCUUCUGGGGUUUUUGUGUGUAGGCAUUUUUGUACAUUUUCACCACAAUCCUGUUUUAAAUCCUCCUUAUCUAACUGUAAUACAGCUUGAAAUCCCGCUAACAAGCCUCCAUCCUGAUUCUAAUCUAGUUUUAAAUCUCGCAAGCGGAGUCUCCAAUAGAAAUGUAGGAAUUUGCUGUCACUCAGUAGUUGGGGCGGGUUUAAAUUUGAAUUUCAGUUUGAAUUGAUGAACCAUUUCCACAGUUUUUCUGGUGUUUUCCGGUGUUUAUUGGCUGUCCACCGAUUUCAUCUUUUUUGUAUCAGGGGUGUUUUAGCGAUUAAAACCAAAAAUCAGAAGCCCUGAAUAUAAUUUCCAGGUGUAUUCCAUAGAAGCAUUUUUUGUUUUUUUAAGAUUAAGUACUGCAUGUCAGGGAAUUUUUACAUUGCUGGGUUGAAAACUUACAAGGUACAGUAACUACAUUGUCAAUAUUUGACAAACUGCAGCAAACUGAAAGGAAAUGAUUAUUGUAAUCCUGCAGAAACAGAUUGUACACCCUGAUACAUGUAAAUAAUUGUUAAAAGGCAACUGUAUUACAAUAAAGGUGAUGUGUUUGAAUUUA